CGAGUGGUGAUUGGUUAGUAUUACGGAAGUGUAUCUAGAUGAGCCAAUCGGAGGCAGGAUAGAGGGCGAAUCUUCUUCCACCUCGGGUGUAGCUCCCGACUCCCAUAUCAGCUGAACCUGUGUGAGUGAGUUUCACAAUGUUGCCCCUUCGCUUCGGACAGCACCUGAUCAAGGCGUCGGCCGUGUUCCUGCAGACGGAGCUGUCCUUCGCCCUGGUCAACAGGAAGCCCGUGGUGCCGGGACACGUGCUGGUCUGCCCCGUGAGACCCGUGGCGCGACUUCGCGACCUGCAGCCGGACGAGGUGGCCGAUCUGUUCAGGACCGCGCAGGUGGUCGCCAACCUGGUGGAGAGCCACUUCGACGCCACGUCGCUCACCAUCGCCGUGCAGGACGGCCCCGAGGCCGGGCAGACCGUGAGGCACGUCCACGUGCACGUGCUGCCCCGGAGGAAGGGCGACUUCGAGCGCAACGACAGCGUCUACGAGGAGCUGCAGAGGCACGACCAGGAGACCGAGGACACCCCGUCCCGGUGGAGGUCCGAGGAGGAGAUGGCGGCAGAAGCGUCAGACCUGCGGCGGCUGCUGCUGCUGCAGCAGAGUCCGUGAACAGACAGUGAUCGACAUGUGACACCAGAGUCAGCAGUGACUGGGAGAUUAACACCAGAUAUCAAUGUGCAACAAUAUUCACCCACACCUUGAUUAGUUUAUAUUGCUGCAUGGCUUUUAUGUAUUUAUUUUUUCCAGAAUAAAAUACAAAUCAACUAAAGUUUACUGCAUGUUAAGUUUUGUCCCCAGCAAAUAUUCCCUAUAAUCAGGCAUUGGAUAAAAAAAAAAAACAAUAGUUCAAUAUCGAUCUUAGUGACGAAAGUUUACAGGAUCAUGAUAUAUUUUUUGUUUAAAUUGUAAUAUCUUGACAGCUGACCUGAAGAUUUUCUCUUCUUUUCUAUUUAAAACUGUGUAAAAAAGAAUUUGUGAAAGUAUACCAAGAAUGGAUUGAUAUGUGGUUCUUUUGUAUGGUUAUAUGCUUAAACACAAAUUUCUAAUAAUUUUUACAGGGAUGAAUGUGCGGAAAUGCUGGAAACACUUUGGCGCAUAAAGUACAACAAAAUGCCACCCACAAAAAAGCAAUUCAUGAAAUAAGACUUUCCUCCUGCCCCAGUGCAUGCUGGGGAGGAUUCUGCAUGUAACUGCAUUGACAUGACAAAAUGUUGAUAUUUUUGAAUCACAUAUCCGUCUGUGAAAACCAGCCUCCAUAAGUUUGACAGUUCACAUGAAAAAAAACAACUCUUAAUUUCCUAUCUUCCAAGAGGACUAUUUAAUUAAUCUAUUGAGUCACUUUUAUAAUGAUUGUGACUUACAGUAUUUAUAGUAUUUUCAAAGCAAUCACACAACACAGUUGAACAGAUCUUUUAUCGUUAUUGUUGUUGUGGAAUCUUGUAAGCUCAUGACUGUAUCCUGCUGUUCUGCCUUCAGGAUUAAUAAAGUCGUACUGUAUUUUUUCUA